UCAGGCGGGAGACUGCAUCCACACAGGUUCGAAAAUGUCAAGUCAAAAUUAAAAAUAUUCAGAAUUCAGGCAAAUGAGGUAACUGGAACUGUUUGUGAUGCUAAAGUGUAGUGAGGUUGAGUUUUAGUUGUGUACUGUACUCAACAAAUGUUUUGUGUCAACGUGAGUCGCGAACAUAUACAUUUUAUAUAAGUAAUUGAGUAAUAGUCCGAAUAAAAGCAAAAACUAAUUGAGAGAACGUAAGUCCCUAUAUCUAGUGUACUGGAAGCAAGAUGGUUCGGCACGCAGCUUUGAAGAACCUUUAUGAAACGGAGAAAACAAUUGGAACAGGUGGCUUCGCUAAAGUGAAACUUGCAAGACACCUGUUGACGGGUGAAAAAGUUGCAAUCAAAAUAAUGGAUAAGAGUUGUUUGGGGGAUGACUUGCCAAGAGUUAAAAUGGAGCUGGAAGCACUCAAGAACCUUUCUCAUCAUCACAUCUGCAAGCUCUACCAAGUUAUUGAAACUGAGACACACUUUUUUCUUGUCAUGGAGUAUUGUUCUGGUGGUGAACUCUUUGAUCAUAUAGUACAAUGCAGUCGUCUAAGUGAGAUGGAGUCUCGGUCGUUUUUCCGCCAGAUCUUGUCAGCUGUUGCUUACCUUCACAGCAAGGGUUACGUGCAUAGAGAUAUCAAACCCGAAAACGUGUUGCUUGACAAGGAUCAGUGUGUGAAACUGAUCGAUUUCGGCCUCUGCGCCAAACCCUGCCCUGCGAUAGACUCGUACUUGGAGACAGCUUGUGGUUCCCCCACGUACGCGGCGCCAGAACUGAUCAAGGGUGACAAAUAUCUGGGAGAAGCGAUAGAUGUGUGGAGUAUGGGUGUGAUGCUGUACGCCCUACUGUGUGGCUGUCUACCAUUUGAAAGUGAUAAGAUCGACGUGCUCUACAAGCAAAUUGUUAGUGGGAAGUACAAUGCGCCGGAACAUUUAUCCGAGGGAAGCCGCAAGAUCCUGCGGGAUAUGCUGGAAACCGACCCCACCAAGCGCAUAACCAUCGAGAAGCUUCUGAGCCAUAAGUGGGUCCAGCUGGGGUACAACGAACCUGUUACCUACAACAGUCUCUGUCAGGAGUUGGAGCUGGACAAUAAUUGUGUGAACACGAUGGCGUCGCACUUCUUUCUGACUGCGGAGGAGAUGUGGCGACAUCUAACAACAGAACGGUACGACAGCCACGCUGCCACUUACCAACUGCUGCUAGCGCGUAAGAAACAAGGGCUCCCACUGCGCCUCGGACAGUACACCGCACGCACGGCACGCAGUAGACUGCAGAGUAUGAGGAGGACUGUUGCUAAUGGUGGAAAUGUUGACACAAAGGGUACAUAUGUCAAGAUGCCGGCAUCACAUGCCCAAACAGUUCAGAAUGACAAAGAAAACAAGGGUAACAAGAUGCACCCUCCAGAAGCCACACCAGCCAAACUGUUGAGGAAACGACCUCGUAGUCCCCAGAGGGAGUCUUCAGUCUCACCAGCUCCCAAGAAAGCUGCAACCACUGGCAAACCAACUGGUAGUGGAACAAAACUGAAAAUUCCAAGAAGAUCUAAUGAAAGUGAACCACGUACACCAAACAGCAGGACAAAUUCACCAAGCACUCGACUGUUCAACAGUAUUGAGCGCAAGUUCCAACAUGUUCGUAGGGUGCUGACACCCAAAAGACGUUCCACGGAGUCUGCUCAGCCUGCUCUACUCACAGCCAAGAAUAUGUCCAACAUAUCAACCACUUCGUCAAAUAGCCCUGAUCAAGUUAGGGAAGAACUUGUCAAAGCAUUGAAUAAUAGAGGCAUUGAAUGUGUCUGCAAGGGGUACUCAGUCCGAGGCAAGGUGCAGGCAGCCAAUGAGAAGAUGUGCAAGUUGUCGUUCGAAUUAGAGGUCUGCCUCAUACCUACCUCAGCCAAUGCCUCUGGUUCUGUCGUUGGCAUUCGCAGAAAGCGGCUUAAAGGAGACGCUUGGUGUUACAAACGCGUCUGUGAAGAAAUCCUCAAUAUGGCCGACCUCAAGUAGCCUGUGGAAAGUUUCAGAUGGGAAGAACUUUAAAAGAACAUUCCAAACAAGUGUUAAAGAGUUUCAGAUAUUGUUUUUUCAGAAAGAAACUCGAACCUGUGUUGUUCGUAGUUUGGUAGUUAUUAUAUCGGCUUCCAUUUUAUAACACCGGUGGUUGAUUUCAAUAGAUGUUACGUGUAAUAUAUAACUUGGUAUUUAAGAAAUAAUAUUGUUUCUCUCAGAGGCAUUUAAUCCAAGUAACGAUUUAUAGAACACUCUAAUAGUAAUAUGUGUACCUUUUGUAUAGUGUUAUGUUUGUAGAUAACAUUUUAUAAAGUCGACCAGGUUUUCUUAAGACUGUUUGACAAUGAAUUUACAGUGUUUUUUAUCGAUACAGACUUAUUCAUAUGGUAAUUGUACUAAUCAUGUUUUUUAAGAGCACCAAAUCGUUUGGUUAUGUGAAGUCAACACUUCAUAAUUUAAUAUAAAAAAUUGGCAUUUUUUAAGUUUAAAAUUUUGUUUUAAUUCCAAAGACAAUAAAAAUGUUACAAGUUAAAAUAUAAAACUGACUACCUUAUUCAAUAACACAUUAAAUAAAUAAAUCUAAAGUUGAUAGUAAUAAAAGCUAUGAACAGUCAGCAUUUAUUAAAACUAUAAAAAUGUAUCUAUCAAUGAGAAAUAUUUUAGUUUUCACUUGAACUUUGACAAGACAGUUUUUCUUUUCAUUUCAUCAGGUACUUUAUUAUAGAAUUGUUCCCAUAUAUUGAGGUUUUUUGCAAUAGUUCAAUCUAUUAUUUUCAAAAAAGUUUGCUUUAAGUAAUACGUUAGUGCUGAAUGACUCCUCAUUCACACUCAUUCCCUUAAAGAGGCAGAAAUUUUAAGGUUCACUUCAUCUCCAUAAGAGCAGUUUUUCUCAUUGCUCCGUGCUAUAUAAAACUUUUGUACAGCAAAUAAACAGUAAAGGCCCCAAUAUAGAACCUUUGGAAACGCCAUAGGAAAUCCGAGAAUUGGAUUUACCUUUGUUGUAAGAGGAGUAUUCUUAUUCAACAAAUUGUUCUCCAUUAUUUAAAUAAGAAUUCAACAAUUCAAAAACUUUUCCCUCCAGACCAAUAUUUUUUUGUUUAGAUAGAAACAAUGUGUGAGAAAUUAAAUUGCUUUACUUAGAUCCAUUAAAUUUCCAAUUGUGUUUUCAUGAUUGUCUAUUUAGUCAAUUACUGAUUGUAUAAAAUCUGUUGCAGCUGUUACUACAGAUUUACCCUUUUGGAAACCAUGUUGAAUGUUAAUUAUAUUGUUAUUUUCCAAGUAAAUUUUGAAUUGGUUAUAAAAUGCCCUUCCAAAACUUAAGAGAUUGGUAGUAGCAAAGCAACAAGCCUAUAAUUCACUAUUCAAUUUUUAAUUUCUCUAAAAACAUUUCUGAAAUAAAUGUUACUUCAAGCUUGAAAAGAUUAUUUUCAGUAAUGAAUUGUAAUGUAACCAUAGUUGAAAUUAUCGUAAUACGUUUGUUAACAGUUAAAAUGUUAUUAGUGAAGUUUUGUGACAUCAAAAAUUUGCUAAAUAUUUAGAAUUUUCUAGUUAAUUUGCACCCCUUUGGAUAGGUGUGGCUAAAUAAAUCUAUCUGCAGUGGGUUAAGCGCUUUUCAAGCAAAAUAGUUCUUGGAUAAAUAGAAAUUUUAAACUUGUAAAAAAUAUUGCUUUCACACUGUUGCAUUUAUAAUAUCUUAACUUUAAAAAAUACUCAAUUGUAGUGGUAAAGAAUUAAGUUAGAUAAGAACAACUUUUUUGGUUCCACAGUAAAAAAACUUGGGAGCACAGUAUUGCCUAUUUCUGUUUAAAAUCUUAUUAUUCUAUUUAUAACCUUUUUGUUUUAUUCAGUUUCAAAGAUUUAUAAUGAAAAACUCAAUGGGUAUUGUUAGUUAUUCUUACUUUAUGGAUUUUACUACUAAUUCUAAAAUGACACUUCUAAAAUAUUAGUCUGUAGAUUAGCAACUAACCAAAGUAAAAUAAGCUGUUUAACAAAUAAAAUCCUAGCUGUGAUUCUUUGUGUACUUAUUUCUAAGGUUGUUGUAUCAAAAUACUAGUUUUUAUACAAUUUGUAUUUUUCUUACCCAGCUUGUAAUAAAAAUAUAAUUUUAAACCUAA